UCUGUCGAUAUAAUUACUGUCCAGUGAGUUUAAGUGUUAAAUAUUUGUCAAUCGUUAGGAAAAAUAUUCGUAUGCCGAUUUCUCUGUUCGAGAAGAACUUAACCGUGUGCAGCUAUUCUCGUCUGCUUCAAUCGAUAGUGCGCGCGACUUGUCCCGCGGUACACCACCGCUAUUUUAAAUCACUUCCUACUAGGUCUGCGUUCUGUGUAUCUGGAUGCUGAGUUCACUGAAGUGUCUAUCAAGGAAAAAACAACACGUAAUCCGUGCAUAAUCUGGAAGCAGUUGCAGUGCAUUGUAAUCAUUGGAGAUUCCAACAUCAGAACUAGGAUAAUUUAGAAAAUCAGAAGUAAUUAUUGUCGGCUUUGUACGUAUAGGAGUUGCGAUUACGUAGGACGUGCAUCAAUACGCUCUGCAAUCUGCAUUUGAGUCGUAACGAUUUGUGACAAAGUGACUGUUUGGAAAGUGCCAUUGUUCUGGAUUUAUUGAUAAUCAACAAAAGGUCAACUACUGUACAACGACCGUAUUAAAACAGGCACUCGCUUAUACACAUGUGAACAAGAACUUCUAAGAGUCAGUGGGCUGAAAUCCAGAGAUGAAAGAAGUAUCUGAGAGAUCAUUGGGAAUGUAUCAAUCAAAGAGAGAUAAUUUAUAAACACCAAUUUAAACGAACUCAAAGUAUCGAUGAGAGCACAGAUGAACGCAAUAUGGCGCCAAGCCACGCGAGACUUCUGCUGAGAGAGCGACUUCCCGCUCCGCCAGUGCGAUAAAUGAUCUAUCGUUCUCAAAUAUUGUUUGACUGGCGGCAACCCUGUGAGUUUUCUGAUGAGCCUGCAUAUUAAAGGCAAUUGACAGCGUCACACUAUAACGCGCGCAUAUUUUAUGUCUGAUCUCUCCUGAGGGGCUUCCGAAGAGAGCCGAUUAACGCUAAAAUCGGAAACCAAGCUUGAUCGACUUUUAUUAAAACGACAGAGUAUGAACGCUAAGCAGCAGAACUCAGAGAGCAAUGGAACGGGUUACAUGGAUAGCAUUAUUUCGAUAGAUCUUGGAAGAAAAAUGAUUGCGGAGGCUUUGGAUAACAAUGGAAGUCAAGUGAUAUAUUCUUCAAUGCUUGGAUUACGAAGUAGUAAUGGAACUCUUAGGCCAGAAAUUAUGACGUUUGAUCCUGACAAUGAAAGCUUAACUAGCUACCAAUAUGAACCAAAGUAUGAAUUGGAAUUAAUGAUUUUUAUCUGUGCUCUUAUCGGUUGCGUUAUCGUUUCCAUUGUCAUCGGAAAUGUUUUUGUGAUAUCAGCCAUUAUAUUGGAGAAAAGUUUACAAGGAGUUUCAAAUUAUCUGAUAUUGUCUCUUGCAGUGACAGACCUUAUGGUUGCUGUACUUGUAAUGCCGCUUUCGUUGAUUGAUGAAAUUAGUCUGUAUUGGUAUUUAGGACCUGCUGUAUGUGACAUGUGGACUUCUUUUGAUAUCUUGUGUUGUACGGCGUCCAUUCUCCAUUUAGUUGCUAUUUCUUUGGAUAGGUACUGGGCAGUGUCUAAUAUUGACUACAUCCGGCGGAGAUGCGCAAAACAAAUAUUGUGUAUGGUCGCAGUUGUUUGGGUGGUUGCUAUAGCGAUUUCAAUUGCGCCUCUUUUUGGAUGGAAAGAGGAAGAAGACAAUCCAGAACAUACUGGGGUUUGUAAAAUUAGUCAGGAUAAAGCUUAUACCAUAUUUUCCACCGUAGGAGCAUUUUAUUGCCCUUUAAUCCUCAUGGUUGUGUUAAACCUUAAAAUAUAUAAAGCCGCACGUUCUCGCAUUCGGAAGAAACAUAUAAGCGGGUUACAUAAGCCUGCUCGUGCGUAUCAAAGACCUUCUAUAACCGCUGCUGAUGCAACCACACGACACAAUAGUUCGGGAAGUGACAUAAGUCAAGAUGGCUACACUGUGUACAAUGGGGUCAACCAAGCAGAAGAACCGGUUUUUCAGGAGGCUGAACAGGACGAAUCAGCCGAGGUGAACACAAGAUUUUUAGUGGUUCCUUCUAAUGUCUACGUGUUGAAUAAACAAUUAAAUCCCCCAAAGAAUACAAAUAACAAUAACACAAAACAGAUUCCUUACUGUGAUAAAGAAAGACUUCGGAAAGCGAAGAUAGAAAUGAAGAGGGAAAGGAAGGCGGCCCGUGUAUUGGGUAUAAUCACGGGAGCAUUCAUUGUGUGCUGGCUUCCAUUCUUCCUGUUAGCUCUAAUCUCGCCAUUUUGUCCGUCAUGUGACUUUCACCCUGCCAUGUUCAGCGUGUUUCUGUGGUUGGGGUACCUGAAUAGCUUGCUGAAUCCUAUCAUAUAUACAAUUUUCAACCCAUCUUUCAGAAAUGCAUUCCGUAAAUUAAUAUUCAAAAGAUAUAGAAGGCAUUGAUUGUUUAUUAUUUUAUUUAUGUAUUUUUACAUUUUCCCACAUCGUUUAUUUGAAAAUUAUUUUAACUGUGUCACAUAUUAACACUGGUUGGAAAGUGGGACCCAGCAUUUAUUUUAUUUUUUUUUCUGUGUUUGAUAAGAGAAUCAAAUAUGCUUGUUAUUUUUAACAGACAUAUGUGUUUCAUUUGAUUUUUUUUGUACUGUGCUUUCUAUCAUCUGAGCAGAAUGAACAUUUCUUUUGUAUAAGAUUUCAUACACUUUAUCAGAUAUAUAAAUCAAAAUGGCUUAAAGCUUUGCUUUCUUUAUAUGGUGAAUUUCUAGAAUUGAUGAAAAUUAGUUAUAGUUGUAGUUUUCUUUCUCGUUUAAAUAUAAAAGUUGCUUUUAAAUUAGCUAUCAUACUGUGUUUUUAAUAGUUGUGAGAUGCCUUUUGAUUGUUGGUAAGCUUUAAUUAAAGGUUAUGUUUGACUUUUUUUAGAAUAAAGAAUCUUUACAAUAACUGUGCUACAAUUCAAAACAAUCAGAUUUAAUAGACACUAAACUAUUCUUUGGCACAUGUAUUAUUCAUGUAUAGAUAAAUGCAUGUUAUAAUUCUUCAGAUAUAAAUUAAGGUUCCCAAUGAACAAGAUAAUGAAGUUUAGGCAUCUCGGAUAUAUUAAUGUUUAAUCAAAAUACAUAAUAUAUCAAAUUUCUACUCAUAGGGCAUGAAAAUGAAUGACUUGCUGGUGCUAUGCUAUUGUAGAAGACGUGAAAUACCUAAUGAAAUAUGUGGCGGUAACGAACGGUAUUCGAGCUCAAAAGUCAAUUAAAUAUUAAAACAUAUGAGUCGAGAAAACAAGGGCCUGUAGAACAUCAUAGGUGGGAUCAGGCGCCACGGAAGAGUAAACUCCCACUGCCGACCGGUCUGACUUAAGAUAUAUUAUUUAGAAUGUUCAGUCCUUUUUUGUAAAGGUACCUUGAUGUCUCAGAGUAAAUGGAUAAACCUUAAUCAUUCCUAUACCCAUUUAAAAUUAAUGAUAAACAUAAGAUGUAACAUUAAUAGAUACAAAAUUUCUAAGUAUUUGAAUUUCUGUUAUUUAUAUGUUUAUAUCUAUUUUUAUCCCUAUUUGACUUUUUUAAGGUAACAAUAAGAAAUAAAUGUCUACAUAAUAAAAAUAAAUCAUUUCUUUUUCUUGAAAUAUACAGUAUAUAAUUGUAUUUCCUUGUUGAUGCCAUAUAUAUUUGCCUACAUGUGAUAGACAAUCCAUUAUAUUUAAAAUAAAGUUUUGUUUAUUUUUAAAAGUAAAAUCAGAAAAAUAAGUUACAUGAACAUGAUAAAAGUAGUGAGAAAAAGACGGAAGGAAGGAAGGAAGACAUGUUAAAGAUAGAGCUCGAGAGAAAAGAGGAGAGGAAGGGAGGAUGAAAAAAACAAACCUUCUCUGUUUUCUGGUCCCAAAGAACAGAGAAUGCUUUGCUUUUUUACUUAUGUAAAAUUUUACAUUAUUCUCAUAUUCCUGUAAAUAUAUACAGGGAACUUUUAUUGAUAUACUCUUGUCACAUUGUGGAGAUGUUAACGUUAUAGCUGUGUUUUUUUGUUAUUCAUGGUGUAUGCAUUGUUCAAUAAAAAAUCAAACAUUUUA